ACACGCACUCUACAUAACCAUACACACACACACACACACACACACAACACACGAGUCACGUAAUGUGACGAGCGUGGUAGAUAGCGUAAACGGUGAUAUACAUAGAGGUUCUGGCGGCAGGGGGGUCAGUGUAAAACUGCCUUCUGCCCGUAACGUUUCGAACGUAUCCGAGUGUGAAGCAUCGUUAGCGUUCGGACUCUCUCGCUGUACGAAGCCGUACAUCCUGCCGAGCCACUAUCGCGACGGCCCCCGGCGCCCAGAGGGGCCCCUGCAUCCCUCACCCUGAAGAACAGCCGCCACCACUCUUUGGGUCUGCCGUUAUUUCAGCGGCGGGAGGAGUCAGCCUCUGCAGCCGUGAAUGGACAUCACUAUCGUCGGUUGGAGGGGCCGUUGAAGGUGUUCUUCGAGCUGCUGGCGCAGACGCACAGUCUGUAACAGAUGAGUGUUCGAUCGGCGGGUGGCCAUAUGGUGAAGCAGAGGAGGUUCAUCGGGAACACCAACAGCCAAAUGAUCAAUAUACGAGAACAUUUAUAGGCACUCGAGAGCACGUGGUGGUGUGUGAUUAGUUAGUACGAUCCCGAUGUAGAAAGGGGGACGAUAAUAUCGACGAGAAAGAGAGUCGUGGGUUUGUACGUUCCCGAGCGGAAUCCCCUCGCGGCUUCGCGAUCAUUUUGCGAAUUGCGCGUGAUCGCGCGUUGUGUAAAAACGAGAGUUACAGGUUCAAGUCGGCCGCGGCUCGAAGUCCCGGAGGAGGAAGCCGGAGCGGAUUCGCGCGGAUCUCUCUGGAUGCGAUCGCUCUCGCGCGAGUCGAUUAUAUCUUGCUUACCUACCGGCCGGAUUUGCGCAUUGAGGGGGAUCUUCUGUUUUGUCAUAACGAUUUUAGAUACCAACACGAAGACACGGGAGAGCGGGAGAAGGAAGGGAAGCGUGGGUUAAAAAGGAGUCGAGUGUGAUGUAGCCACGUUUAUUCAGUCCGCUCAUAAUUUUCGCGGAGUAUUACCGCAGAGAUAAAAAGCGAAGAGAGAGAGAGAGAGAGAGAGAGAGAGGGGAAGAGGGAGAAAGGAAAAACUAACAAAUUUGCAUAUCGCAACCGGACAAACACACGGUCGUGUGAGAGCCGGACGGCGCUUUAACUUACGAAAUCCGAGCAAUUUUCUUCGACUCACGCGCCGAGCCAGGCGGAGCUUUUCAUCACAAUGAGUUAUUAGCUGAGAAUGCGCAAUGACACAGCAAGUUUACCCGUGGUCCACGAGUCCCCGCGAGACGUCUCAGGAUACUCCAAUGGUGACAUUCAAAUCAAACUGCCACCCCCAGGCAAAGAUCCUGUCGAGGUACACACAACGAGACAAGGAGAAGGAUAAACAUGAAGCCGAAUACAUGCUACAGGGAAAUGGCAAAGCGAUGGAGUUUGCGCCGCCGCAGACGAAGCAGGAGGAUGACAAACCAGCUUCGAAGCCGCCAUUGCCGCCACCAGUGCCUUAUUACCAGCUCUUUCGAUACGCGACAUGCAGCGAGCUGAUGUUGGUCGCCACCGGCCUCUUCAUGGCCGUCUUAGUGGGCCUCUGCUUGCCAAUCGCCACGAUCGAGUACGGCGAGUUUAGCACGCUGUUGGUGGACCGCAAUAUGGAGAAUCACACGAGCACGCCGACUCUCAUACUGCGAGCUUUCGGGGGUGGAAGAGUCUUAGUGAACGCAUCGAAGGAGGAAAGGAUGGACGCUCUCUAUGAGGACGCGGCGGCGUUCGGCAUCGCUUGCACGAUGGUGUCGCUCAUUCAGUUUGUCGUCGCGAUAUUCGCGAUCGAUCUGCUGAACCUCGCCGCCACGAGACAGAUCGCUCGGGUGCGCAAGAUAUUCCUGCGGGCCGUGCUCAGGCAGGACAUGACGUGGUACGACACGAACACGUCGACAAACUUCGCCAGCAGGAUCACCGAGGAUCUGGACAAGAUGAAGGACGGCAUAGGCGAGAAGUUGGGUAUUUUCAUCUACCUGGUGAGCUCCUUCACCGCCUCGAUCAUCAUCUCCUUCGUCUACGGCUGGAAAUUGACCCUGGUGGUGCUGAGCUGCGCACCGAUCAUCGUGAUUGCCACCGCCAUCGUCGCUAAGGUGCAGAGCUCUCUGUCGGCCUUGGAGCUGGCCGCUUACGGCCAGGCCGGCAACGUCGCCGAGGAGGUCCUCGGCGCAAUCCGCACCGUAGUGGCGUUCAACGGCGAGCAGAAGGAGGUAGAGAGAUACGCGGAGAAGCUCGUGCCCGCGGAGAGGACCGGGAUCAGGAGGGGCAUGUGGUCAGGGGUCGGCGGUGGCGUCAUGUGGCUCAUCAUCUACCUCAGCUACGCGUUGGCCUUUUGGUACGGCCUGCAAUUAAUCCUGGACGACCGGCCCAAGGACUACAAGGAGUACACGCCGGCGGUGCUGGUGAUCGUGUUCUUCGGCGUGUUGUCGGGCGCGCAAAACAUGGGUCUCACCUCGCCGCAUCUCGAGGCGUUCGCGAUGGCGCGCGGCUCGGCCGCCGCGGUCUUCCAAGUGCUCGACCGCGUGCCGGAGAUCGACAGCCUCAGCGCCGACGGCGAGAAGCUGCAGUCCGUCCACGGCGACAUCGAGUUCCAGGGCGUCGAGUUCCGCUAUCCGGCGCGGAAGGACGUGCAGGUGCUGAGCGGGCUGCACCUGAGGAUCAACCGCGGCGAGACGGUGGCGCUCGUCGGCGGCUCCGGUUGCGGCAAGUCCACCUGUCUGCAGCUCAUCCAGCGCCUUUACGACCCCGUCGGUGGCCAGGUGUUUCUGGAUGGGAUCGACGUGUCGAAGCUGAAUGUUCAGUGGCUGCGCUCGCACAUCGGCGUGGUCGGCCAGGAGCCUGUGCUCUUUGACACGACGAUACGGGAGAACAUCCGCUACGGAAAUGACAGCGUUACCGACGAGGAGAUGAUCAAAGCCGCGAAGGAAGCGAACGCUCACGACUUCAUCAGCAAACUGCCGGAGGGAUACGAUAGCCCGGUGGGCGAAAGAGGCUCUCAAUUGUCCGGUGGACAAAAGCAGAGGAUCGCGAUCGCGCGUGCUCUGGUCAGGAGACCGGCGAUCCUUUUGCUGGACGAGGCGACUUCUGCUUUGGAUCUUCACAGCGAGGCGACCGUGCAGAGAGCCCUCGACGCCGCGUCGAAGGGUAGAACGACGAUUAUAGUCACUCACAGGCUCUCCACGAUCACAAACGCGGAUAGGAUCGUAUUUAUCAAGGACGGAGUGGUCGUGGAGGAGGGGACUCACGAGGAACUGCUGGCACUUGGGAAACACUAUUACGGCCUGGUCGCCGCCGACGCGAGCGCUACCGCCAAGGCCAAAACCGCGACGACCGUCGCCAAGAUGAUGUCCCCGAAGAUGAAGGCGAAGCCGCCUCUGACCAAACAAUUCUCGACACUGUCCGCUCAUUCCCAUCGACUAUCCCUCACCGGCCAGUCAGACGCCACGGAGGAGGAACUGGAGGAGCAGGAGAAACCUUACAACGCGCCUAUCAUGAGGAUAUUUGGACUGAACAAGCCGGAGUGGCCGUACAACCUGAUCGGGAGCAUCGCCGCGACGAUGGUGGGCGCGUCCUUCCCGGCGUUCGCCAUGCUGUUCGGCGAGGUGUACAAGGUGCUGGGUCUCCAGGACGAGGAGGAAAUCCGCAAGGAGACCAUCAACUUCUCCAUCAUGUUCAUCGUCGUCGGCGUGUUCACCGGCCUCGGCACUUUCCUGCAGAUGUACAUGUUCGGCUUGGCCGGCGUGCGUAUGACCACGCGGAUCCGGAAGCUCGCUUUCAGCGCGAUGCUGAAGCAAGAGAUGGGCUGGUACGACGAGGACGUCAACAGCGUGGGCGCUCUGUGCGCCCGGCUGUCGUCGGACGCCGGAGCGGUCCAGGGUGCGACCGGAAGUCGCGUGGGCGCGAUCCUGCAAGCCAUGUCGACCCUCGUUCUCGGCAUCGGCCUGUCCUUUUACUUCACGUGGAAGAUGACGCUGGUCUCGGUGGUGUCGAUCCCGCUGGUGCUCGGCGCGGUGUUCCUCGAGGCGAGGAUCAUGAGCGAACAGGGUAUGCGGGAGAAGAAGAAGAUGGAGGCGGCGACCCGGAUCGCCGUCGAGGCGAUCUCCAACAUACGAACGGUCGCCAGCCUCGGCAAGGAGGACGCCUUCUUCAACAGGUACUGCGUGGAGCUGAACCACGUCGCUAAAGCGUCCCGCACGCGCAACAGACUGAGGGGCCUGGUGUUCUCGUGCGGACAGACCGCGCCGUUCCUGGGAUACGCCGUGAGUCUCUAUUACGGCGGCUACUUGGUGGCCAGGGAGGGCCUGGCCUAUCAGAACGUCAUCAAGGUGUCGGAAGCCUUGAUCUUCGGCUCGUGGAUGCUCGGCCAGGCGCUCGCGUUCGCGCCCAACUUCAACAUGGCCAAGAUCUCAGCCGGCAGGAUCUUCAGGCUGCUCGACCGAAUGCCGCAGAUUACCUCGCCGUAUAGAUCGGAAGAGAAGAACGCGAACUGGAAGGCGGACGGGAUGAUUCAAUUCUCGAAGGUCGAGUUCCAGUACCCGACGCGGCCGGAAGUGCAGGUGCUCAAAGGGUUGAAUCUAAUUGUGAAGCCGGGUCAGAUGGUGGCCUUGGUGGGCCAGAGCGGUUGCGGCAAGUCCACGUGCAUUCAGCUGCUGCAGCGGCUGUACGACCCGCUGUCCGGCAGCGUGACGCUGGACCGACGUGACAUCUCGUCGGUCUCGCUGACCACGCUUAGGUCGCAGCUCGGUGUCGUCGGUCAGGAGCCGGUGCUCUUCGACAGGACGAUAGCCGAGAACAUCGCUUACGGCGACAAUUAUCGGCAAGCGUCGAUGGACGAGAUCAUCGAGGCCGCCAAGAGGUCCAACAUCCACAACUUCGUCUCGUCGUUGCCGCUGGGUUACGACACGAGAUUGGGAACGAAGGGCACUCAGCUGUCCGGCGGGCAGAAACAACGGAUCGCGAUCGCGCGCGCUCUCGUUAGGAACCCUCGAGUUCUGCUGUUGGACGAGGCCACCUCGGCUCUGGAUACCCAAAGCGAAAAGGUCGUGCAGCAGGCCCUGGACAAAGCCAUGGAGGGCAGAACGUGCAUCACCAUAGCUCACCGUUUAGCCACUAUAAGGAACGCGGACGUGAUCUGCGUGGUUGACAAGGGCGCGGUGGCCGAGAUGGGCACCCACGACGACCUGAUGGCGGCCGGAGGUCUGUACGCUCAACUGCACGCUCUCCAGGAAGCCGCGAUGGAGUAAGAGAGCGCGCGUCUCUUGCUGACGGAGCCUCCGGCUCUGAUCUGAGCGUGUUCUCGGCGACGCCGGUGAGGUACGAGACGCGCGAGGAGGAGCAACGCGACGUGCUAAGACCACGGGCGCGCUUUCGAACGCUCGACCAUCCUGGGAGAAGGCUGCUGGGCACAGCACGGAGUUGCGGGAGGACGAGUUCAAAGGACGAGCGCCUCAGCGAGCGCAAAGAUUCUUCCGGAGGUUCACGUGGGUGCGUUCGCACGUUCACGGCGUCGAUGCGCGACGCGUCUGUGAGAUCCUGCGGCGAACGGCCGGGAGUUUCGUUUAUCCUCGAGAUCGCGCGCGGAGUAACGAGAGAGCCUUUCCUCGCACGGAGACUUCGGUUGCUUUCAUGCUCGGCUCGAGAUCCGCGUGAAUCAACGGGAUCGCGGGCGCCCAAAUGUUCCUUACUCUCUUCAUCGUUCAAUUUAAUUGCGAACCAACGAACGCGCGCGCGAGGUCGGACGCUCUCCAUUCGCUCUUUUGUCGCGCUUCGAUCGACCUGAAUCAUCAUCUCGCCCCCAUGAGAGCCCGUCGCGACGACUUCCUUCGCGACUCGCGUUCACUUCACGUCCAUCCACGUCCGUCAGUCGCGUUCGCAUUUAUCAUUUCUCUCGUUUGUCCACGGGACGUAGUUCAUUCAGUUUCACGGCACCGGUGGACUCAAGUCCCCGUUAAGUAAUGCCCCUCACCGAGGGCCACGCGCUGCUCCUCCCCGUCGCGUCGGCGGCCACGUUACUUCAUUAAGCGUCGCAGCCUCGCUACCGCGUCGCCGACCUAACGAUCCGCCCUUUCGGAACGGUAUAAAACGCAUCGCGCACGCGGCCAUUAUCCGUAAUGCCCGGCAGCGACGUAAUAGACUCCACUGUCUCUUCCCUCCCGCCCUUCCUCGCCCUCGUCGUCAUUCGCGUCAUACGACCGCCUCGACUUUUCUCUCAGGUGAUAAUAUCUCUCCACGCAAGCACGCGUACACGCUUACACACACACACACACACACACACACACACGCACGCACACACACACUGCGCAAUCUCUCGCGAUCUUCAUUUCAUUCGUGCGUUCGCCGUGUUUCACGGCGAAAAGCCGUGGAAAUUCGGCUGUAGCUUUUCCCCUCGAGAACGGAAGAGACAAGCGAAACAAUCGGCGCGACAAACGCCCGACGGAGUCGCCGCUUCUGCUCGCUCGGCGACGGCAAAAGAGAGCGCAUAAGAUAGGUGGAAAGUCGCUGCGCGCGGUCGAGUGAUGCGAAACGCGGCGCGUUGCGUGCCGAUUGAACGGAACCGUCAAUACGACGCGACGCGGUCCCGGUAGGCGCAAUUAGCGUAAUUAAUACUAUUGAUCUACGCGCUCUUCGCGCUCCGCUUGAUUAGGCACAGACGGCGUAGCCGAAUCGAUCGACUCCGGCGGGACAUAACUGGCGUAACAAGGCGUGUGCAAAUGACGACAGGUGUUCGGGACUGUAAGGGCGUGGUGCGCCCUUGAAGGGUGGGCCCUGCAUCGCGUAAUUUCGACAAUGCCAGCGCGGCGGCGCUCUAACGACGCGCGGGAGGGCAUGAAAAAUGUAUAAGUAUUUCUCUCGAAAUAUACACGUUUCGUCCGCCCGCUCUUCCUUCCUGCCUCCUUACGCUCUCCCCCCCCCCCCCCACCGCGCAUCACACCCUGUUAUAGCUGAAAAAUUCAGAUGUUCAUCUUUAUUCCCUCGUGGAGGAAAAAAAACGAGAAGUAGGAGGAGGGGAGGAUAUGGAGAAUAGGAGGAGAAGGAAGGGGUGGGCGGGGCGAGAAGAGAGGAAUUCUCUUGCUCUCGGCUGAAGUAUAUAACGAAUUCAGCCGCGAGGCGAGACUCGCGUCGGAUACAAGAGACUCCCCGCUGGAGCUGGAGCUGGAGGUAAUAAAUCAUCGCCGGCCUUCCCAAUGGUGCCUUAAUAAUUAGACGUUUGAUGUCGCGCGGUUGUGUCGCGCGCGACGUCAGCGAGGAGACGCGAGCGAACGCAACGACAAGAACGAUCGGAGAGAAAGCGAGCGCGGGGUGUGGUUGCGUACAUCCAGGAGGAAAACAGCGCGGCGACCGCACAGGGCUUGGCACACGUACAUACGCCCGCUGCACCCUUUUGAUCUUUUUUCGACGCGUCGCUUAGCGUCUACUCUCCUCGCGCAGUCCAGCGGCCAGAGCUCGGGCUCAGCGAGCUCUGCAGUAUUUACUCGAAAAUGGAAUUCGGUUGGUUAACCAGCGCGGGCUUUCCUCGCAGCGGGGUGUCUGGCGAAGCGACUUUUACCCCGUCGUCGCGGCACAGUGGCGCGCGACACGGGGAGCAGUUGAUCGACCGGUUGAAAAGACCGCGGGAGCACCCGCGUCCUCGUAGCCAAGUCACCCCCUGACCCCCCUUCGCCGCCGAGGGUGAGCGGAAAUGUAUGCGUUCGCGUUGAAUUCGAUCGUGGAAGGAAUUAAGUGGAACGACGCGCGCAGGGGGAGGGGGGCGUGCGAGUAAACCGAUAUUUAUUAGCGGCAAUAACCGCUUACGUGCACAAUAUGCGCGAGUGAAUAAAGUCCAAGCAGGUCGAGAUCGCAUUUGUACGUAUCGCAUGUACGCGCAGGGCAGAAAUCUGCUUUGCCUCUGGAUUCCGCCGAGCGGCGAUCCCGGGUAAUCGCGAAACAAUCGGGCCGAGUGUCGCGGCAGGACGAUCAGGCGAUCGGCUUCUCGAGCGGGCGGUUCCUAUAAAUUAUGCGCGGCGUGACGGGUCAUUUCGUUCGAUUGUGUUCUCUCCCGGGGCAGAGAGAGAGAGAGAGAGAGAGAGAGAGAGAAAGAGCGAGGGUGAGAGCGAGAGCGAGAUAGCUAUUGACGCUUUUCCCCCUCGAGCUUAAUAACGAAAUUCGCCGGCGGAGGCUUAUCGGCUUUGGCGAUGAUGUACGGCCGGCCCGACGACGAGGGAGUGCGUGCAAAAAGAUCCGAGAUGAUUUUUCAAAAUUUCUGCCUACGGGCUUAAGGUCGCUGCCUGACGCGUCUCGGCCGUCGAUCCAUUACCGGGAGAUAAGAGACCGGACGUGAAAGAGUGAUCGUUACUAAACGAGGUACAUCCGGCGAUGUACGGGGCAUUAAACAGAUAAUCGGCAAUUGCGGGGAUCGAACAAGAUGGAUAAGUUUUCUUUCGAGGGAAGGUAAGGAGGGGGGGGGGGGGUAUAGAUAGUCACUGAGAGUUUCCAGUUAUCUACCGGAAAUCUAUAUCGGUAUCCGUUGAAUUUGAUUAUUCUCCCACAAUGUGUGUCCGUAAAACCUUGUAGAAAGUGGGAAAAUUGUUAUUCUCACACGUGGAUGAUGAGUGACGAGAUACUUUUCGAUCUCUGGUCAAUUGCGAGGAUGACUUAAAGAACCAAGAUAACGACUAUCGUAAUUCAAGGGCACAGAUCUUGCGUCGAUUAGCGGAGAGGACGGGUUAAACUUGACCCGGACGCGCGCGAAUGGGAAAACUUGAGAAAAUGUUGUCAAGCUCGCGUGAGUCGCAGGAUAUACCACGUGGUGCCUGCUGAACUGCACAGUAUGAAAACGUGUAUUUGCGACGGUCCUAAACGUGUGAGGAGGUAGAAGUAUUGACGCUUUUCUUACAAGAGAAAAGGAGACUACUACAUUGUAUCGCGACAUAUAUACUAAUAAAGAACAAAAAAUAUAUACACAGGAA